AUGCCGCCUUUCAAAGAUGAACACAUUUUGAUAAUCGCGCCAGGCUCGCAGGUGACCCUGGCGCAACUGGGUCUUCCCGAAUCAUUCACACCCGCUCGCUAUCGCUUUCCCACGCGGAUGUUCCCUGCCGAAAAGAAGGGUGAAUUUGAACCAUACAAGAUCCGCGAGCGACGACAGGAUGGGAAACCUAGCAAUGGGACAAGCGCGCCCAAGGAGGAUGUGGAGAUGAAAGAUGCGGAAACCUCCGCUCCAGAAGCCACAGGCAACAAUGAGGCCGCCCCCAAGCCCGAGAAUGGAGAACAAGAGGACAAGAAAGAUCCUGCCGAGGGCCAGGAUACCAACGGGGAGACGAAAAAGGAGGCCCAGCAGAUCUUCUACGAGGAGGACAUUACAUCGGAUGAGGGGGCUAUCUACCCCCUCGAGAAUGGGCACAUUGUCGACUGGCCGUGUUUCUUUGCUCUCCUAACACAUGUUCACAAUACCCUCAGCCCCCCAUUUCACACGCCGAUUAUGCUUAUCUCCCAACCGGCCUGGUCAGCACGCGACCGCGAGGCGAUCACACAGUUUGUGUUUGAGAAGUUCAAGACGCCCGCCUUUUGCAUGAUGGAUUCCGCUCUCGCCAUCUGCUAUGGAUACGGUACCUCGACUGCGGCGGUUGUCGACGUUGGCAAAGGGAAAGUGGAUGUCACCGCCGUCACGGAUUUCCUUGUCAAUGAGCAUGGACGAGGGAUUGCCCUGGAAGGUUGUGGUGGAGAUUACAUGACAGACAGACUUCAAGAGCUGCUGGGGUCGAAGGGUUUCACAAGAGAGAUGUGCGAGCAGUUGAAGAGGAGUAACAUUACCGAAAUUCUACCUGCUGGAACGCCCUUGCCUGGCACCGCUGCCACCGCACGACAGAACCCUAACCCUGCCGCUGCAGCUUCUACGGGAGGACAAGACGGAGGUCCCAAUGAUGCCGUUCCCCGCGGCCCUGGUGAAGGCACUCAAACUGGCCCGGAAGGCACCAAUGGAGAAGAUGAAGAUGAGGGCGUGCUGGAUGUUGCAGCUAUUGUCAGCGGCAACACCAGCGAGUUCCUAGCAAACAGAGAAAAAGAGAAAGCGGAGAAGUCGAGUUCCAAAAAGGGCUCGGUUGACCAAAGUGGGAAGCCUAUUCGUCUUCCCAACUCCAAGAAAGAGAAGGCCUCAUUCCAAUACGAGGAAUACGCGCGAUUGGAGCCGGAAAAAGACGCGCCCAACGCUCCUCCACGAUAUAUCCGCCAGACACGAGAGAUCGAAGUCGGCGUUGAGCGUUUCCUGUCUGCCACUCCAAAGCAAAAAACCGGGGAACGUUUAACCAGCAAUAUCCUUGAAGAUAUUGCAACACAAAUCCACCAUACUAUCCUUUCUGUACCAGACGCCAGCAAGCGCAGCGAACUCUGGGAUUCGUUGGUCGUUGUUGGUAACGGCAGUAAGAUCAAGGGAUUCACCCAAGCUCUGCUUAACACCAUCACACAAAAGUAUGUUCUCUCGCCAUCUGCCACCAUUUUCACUUCUGAGCUCCCCUCCAAUUUCUCCACCCCCAUGCCGACGGGAGGUACCAACACUCCCGCACCUGGUCAAACCGGACCUUUUAAUACCCCUGGCCACGGAGUGAACCCCCUUCUUGUUGCUGCAACACAUUCGAACAACCCGACGGCUGGAAAUAUGCCAGGAACCCCAUCAAUGGAUCCUUCGAUGGCUUCCCACUAUCGCUCAACUGGCCAUUCUCAGACCCCAACCUCCGUCAAGACCCUGAAGCCCCCAGAGUACUUCCCGGAGUGGAAGGAGCACGGCAAUUCCAACGUUCCUGGGACCAGCGGGUCUGCAGGAAUGAACAACGGGCCCAACGCUGGGCCUGGUGGCCCAGGUGCGCCCAGUGGCGGUCAUGGUAUGGAGGAAGCGGUAUUCCUAGGAGCCCAAGUUGCUUCUAAGGUUGUUUUCGUUAUUGAUCAAGGUCUCAGUAAGGGGUUCAUGACCCGUGUGGAGUAUAAUGAGAAUGGGCCCUCUGCAAUCCAUGAAUAUUCCAUGUGA